UGUGUGUUUGUGUGUGUGUGUGUGUGUGUGUAUAUAGGUAAUAAGCUGCUCCGCCACUGCGCAACGAUGGAGCUAUCGCAACGAUGGAGAUGACGCAAACCGACCCAGCUCUCCGAAAAAGUGUUUCAAGACGAACAUGGCGGCAACUUAACCGCGGUCCAAGAUGACAAUGGCCAACGGGAGAAAGGAUUCUAGGCUUUCCGCCCAGGUACCGGACAGUGUGCGUGCAUCAAAAGGGCUCGUUGCUCUUCUUUAAGUGAAUCUGCAAAACGAAAGGCGGCAGACGCGCAGCAUCAGUACCGAGAGGCUCGCAACUGCUGGUCUCCCUGCGCCCCAGACGAGAGAACAAAUCCGGGGAGGAACGGUAGGGAGAGGGGGGCAUGCGGUCAAAGAGGACGCCGUUUCCCCCCGGAGAGCCAUGGAGAACCGGGAUGCGGCAGCGCGAAGCUUAAUCUGUGCGGGCGCGCUAAUUGGAUCGGAGUAGCACCGAUUGCUGCGGGCGCGAUAGAGGAGCGCCCUGGACCGGCGGAGGCACGGCACCGUUACAGAGGAAAACCAACCGGAGUCCGUUUCCCCAAGUCAAUGAGUAUUGUGGCAGAGCAGCCCCCGCGGUGGAGUCGGCCAGGGCAGCACUUUCCUAAAAUAUGACCAGGGGUGCUUGGAUGCGUCGGCAGCAUGAUGAGGGCUUAAAAUACUGGUUUGCAUCCCGAGAGAACGAGAAGCCAUUUACCGAGUCGGAACGGGCCCAGAGAUGGCGACUGUCGCUGGCCUCUCUGCUAUUCAUCACCGUCCUGCUCUCUGAUCACUUGUGGUUCUGCGCCGAGGCAAAACUGACGCGAACCCGAGACAAGCGGUCGGACGAGGGGCUUGCAAUUACGGACAUGGGCGAGUACCCAAACUCCCUCCACCAACAUCCAACAUCACCUGACCCCAACCAUCUCGCCAGAGAGCAAGAUGUUAUUUUUCUAGGGAAUUCUACCAAACCUCUGUGGCGAAUGGACACCUGUCAUCCAGACAGCCUGUCCAAAGACUGCUUUACUUUCACGGACGCGAAGACCGUGUGCCUGGGCCUCUCCGGUAGAGGGGAAAAGGGGACACAGUUGGCGUACGUGAAUCUGAGCGAUUUGUACCUUUCUUUUUGUAAUUCAUACUCACUUUUGGAUUUGUUUUACGGGUUUACGAGUCCGGACGAUUUGAAAUGCACCCUGGAUAUGGCCAUGGGGGUAGACCUGCUGGGAUGCAGCAAGUGUGUCCGGGCUUAUCAGCUUCUUGACAAGCGGGCGGAGGACAACUACCGGGAGUUUGAACUGCUGGUUCAGAAAUACGAGACGGAUGCAUACUCGGUCAGGACGUGCAUGGAGGAAUGCAAGAUGGUUUAUAAGCCCUGGCUGUGUUCUCAGUACUUCCAGACCACCCAGAUGCACUGCAGUAAGCGAAUCCCCUGUGGUCAGUACUGUCUGGAGGUGCAGCAGCGGUGCCCCUUUGUCCUGCCCGACAAUGAUGAUCUCAUUCAUGGAGGAAGCCCCAGUUUUAUAUGCACAGGGCUGCUGGAGGACUAUCCAUCAGGUGUUGACCCAGAUGCAGAGUGCUGUGACGUGCGGUGGGACUUGAAAGUGGACAACCGUUCCCGGGGGACCCUGAAAAGAACUCACCCACCAUGCCAGCACCGUACCUCCCUCAGCUCCUCUGCAGCCUGCAGACUGUGUAACAGCCGGCUCAAACUCUGCCUCCUGGUCCUUGUCCUCCUACACACUGUUGCCAGCCUCACUGCAUCCCACAAUGCAACAGGACUGGGCCUCCCUGCCAUUACGCCUCUGGAGGAAAGCCCUGCCAAUGAGGAGUGAUAGAGCUGCCAGGAGGAUGUGAGGUGGUUGGGGUGGGGGACUCCCUCACCAUGGCAACCAAUGUGGAAAAAUACAGCCGCAGUUGUGCGAACGGCUGGAGCUGUGUGCCUGUGGACAUUCUGCAACGCUUUCUGGCAAAUGGAAAUUGUGGGACGCUGUAAGACGAAAGACACACAACUCAAUCAAAACAAAUAAAUAAGGAAACAAACAGACAUACUAAGGGACUCAACCAGUCCCUUAGAUAGGAAGGGGACAAUGCCUCAGCCUUUGUUGAGUGGGAAGGUCGGCUUCCCAUGGCUGAGUUUCUCUCACUACGCUUUUUUACACUGUGUUCCAAUUAUUGGUUUCUGUUGCACUGGCUGACUAUGGAAUAACACAAUCAUAUUCUCUUUCUAAUGUUCAUCCUUUGUGUUUGUUUCUGGUUCUCUCAUACAGGAAGAAAUGCGUUCUCUAAAUAAGACAGACAAUGUGUAAAAAAAAUUAUUAACUGCAAGUUUGUGUGUGUGCAAUGGUUUGUGUUUCUAGAUUUACUGUGUGUGUGGGUUUGCGUGGGCGUGUGUGUGCAUGCAUGUCUUUACACAUGUGUGUAUGUGAGUGUAUGAGAGGGUGAGUGUGUGUUGCUGACAUGUACCCUAAAAGUCUAGCUAACAGGCUGUUGCAGCGAUGAUGUUUUAUGGAACCCCCCCCCCCAAAGAUGUCACUUAUUAUAGCUCUGUCAUGCUGGUUUGUUGGCCGCAAUCCCAGUCAAACUUGACUGGGUUUUGAAUGUGGUUUUGAUGUCCAUAAUGAGGACUGUGUUUAAUGGAGGUUUAAGGUUUUCCUACGCUUUGUUUUGUGAGAUAAUAUUCACCUAUUAACACAGAUCUAAACAUUUCUGUAAAUCAGUAAACAGCUUACACCUGCUAAACUUUGAAACACAUCAGGAACAAACAGCAUGUAUGCUUUCAAUAUCGCCAACAUUGAUAUCUCAAUUUUAUUACAACUUGGGACCUCUUUUAAUAGUUUUGACUAUGAUUCAUAUCACUGAAGUCUGACAGGGGAAAAUACUUAUAUGGCAGAAAGAAUGAAGGCUGAGUGUGUGCACACAGUUUUCCUGCGUAAUGAAGGAUUAUUAUAAUCAUUUUGGGUGCACUAACUUUUAGUUUUACGCCAAAUACAAAGAACUGAUAGCUUGUCUCUAAUUUAUGUUUAAUAUAUGUCAUCUGACUGCUUGAGUUUCUUGCCCCAUUGGACUUCAUUAUAGUGAUGUUGGUGUGUUGCCUGAUCUCAGCAGUUACUUGGUUAAGUAAAAUGUUAUCAUAAUCAAUAAAACUGAUGACAAAAACUAUACAAGUAAGACCCAAGCUGUAUCAAACCAUAAUGAUAUUCAAGCUUCAGGUUAACACUACCAUAGGGCUGAGCCACUUGGAAAAUAAUUUUACAUAAUAACAAAUUUACAGAAAUGUAGAUAGCUUUUAAUUAACAUACUGACACAAUUAAGAGGGAAUCGUAUCAUUGGUGUUGGUAAUUUUUGGUUCAUUACCAUUUAAUAAUUAUAGUUGAAAUUUUUAUACCUUAAAUAACUGUUAGCUAUUAAAUUUCCAGAAUAUAACAUGAAUAUUUUGCUAUAGAUCUUUUAUUGUUGACUUUUUAAAGAGUUUAAAGAGUUGUUCAACUAAUACACAGCAAACAAAAACAACACAGAUAGGAUUUUAUCUCAUAAAACAAAACAUAAAACUGUCAAGCUUGUCUUAACCGAAGAUGUUAUUUCAGGCAUUUUACAAAAACCUCAUUCAGAUUGUGGCCACUUAUCAGCAACAUUGCUCAGCAAAGUUAACCAACAUCAAGAUUAUAGCACCGGAUCAAUAUUUAAUAUUCGUUGUUGUUCCAGACGAAGAAGCUUUUGUUAUUUUAGUUUUAAAAUUUUAAAGGUACUAUCCAGUCAAAAUAAUGUCCACAACAACUAAAAACAAUGGGGACUGAAGGCUCCUUGUUCUCUUCUGCCUCAAGACCCUUGGUUCUUUUCCUUCUCCCUGCUGGUGACCAGCAGUUCAAGUACUAAUAAUUUUAUUAUAUCAUCACUCAAACAAAAACUCAAUUUACGAAACAAAACUGACAUCUACGUAUAUCAGUGGUGUCAUUUUAACCUCAGGCCUUUUUAUUUAUAAGAAACAUGAUGACUGGAUAUUACCUUUAAGAACUUUUUUUUUUAUAAUGAGUCAACUGUAAGUCUCAUGCAGUUAUUAUGAAGAUAAAAUGUCAAAGUCUCACUAGAAAUGUAACAUGCUACUUGCAGUAGCAUAAAGGAAAAUCCCCAGUCUACUAAUACAGUAGAUAUAUUAUACUACCCCAUUCCCUGGCCAUACAGUACGUAUAGAAUGAUACUCUACAUAUCAUCAACAGUUUGUUUCUGUUGAAUCCAAACGUGUAAUCGAUUUUCAUGAACUGCAUGUGGAGGCUCUUUGCAAUGUUAUGUCUCUUAUGUUGAUUGUCCUCAGCCCCACUCCGCACUCCACAUCUGAUCCCAAAUCAGCUCCUGUAGCAUGCCCACUGUCCUCUACUUUUCUCCUCAAAACAUCAAACUAAUGUUUCAUUAAGUAAAGGGCUUAUUAAGAUAUACAGUACAAACAUCAUAAUCACAUGCACAUGCAAAAUUGUUAGAAGACAAAGGGUAAAACUUGGCUCACUUCCUGUUUCUUUUUAAACUGGUAUACCUGUAGUGCAGAGGCAUUCCACUGGCUGUUGCCGGAGAGCAGGUACAGAAACAAAUCCAGAGAGAGGAGCAUGUCACUGUUUGAGUUAGCACUAAUGGCAUAACCUGAUAAUCGUCCAAGUCAGCUGACACUUGGAAUGUCAGAGGAAUGGUAUGACCUCAAGGGCUGACUUCUUCUUUAGUUUCUCAAUUUUGUUUUGUCUCUUCGAUGAACAAGGCUGUGAGAUCAGGUAUUUAAAGAUAAAAUGUUGUUGAAUGCAUUCUUUUCCACUCUCUGAUUUCUUAAAUGAGAUGUCCAAUUUGAUGUCAAGAAUUUUAUUAUACAGCUUAUAUGAGAAUUUAAAAUACAUCAUUAUUCAUAUACAACCAGUAUAUUGGCUUAUUUUGACAUAUAUUCAGUUUAGACCCUGCCCCCGCUAGACCUUACCAUUACUGCUUGCAUGAAAUACAUUAAAAGGAACUCAUUCAGAACAGCACACCCAUGCCCAUCUUGGAUGGCUGCAGUCAGUAACAGAAAAAUGCUGCUAUUCUAUUGGUUACCAGUAGAUGGAGAUAUUUUUAUUCUUUUAUAUUGCUGCUGCUGCUGCUGCUGCUAAAGACUUUUCACACAAGGACUGUCAUCACACAAGGACUGUCAUCACACAAAGACUGUCAUCACAUGAGGAGUGUCAUACACAGGAAUCAGGAAGGCCGAGCGCUGGAGGAAAAAGUGAUUGUGCGUGCGUGCGUGCGUGCGUGCGUGCGUGUGUGUGUGCAUGCAUGCGUGCGUGCGUGUGCGUGCAU